AUGAAGUAUCCUCAACCAAGCCGACUUGAACAAAUUCACGUUUCCCUCGAAGAGGAUGGAUAUGAGCCAGUGGCAACCUGCAAAGCAGAAAGAGCUGCAUAUAUUGAAAAUCAGGAGAGACUUCAAUCAAGCCUCCUACAGUUGUGUCCCGCAGACUUAUGGCCCAAGAAUGCAUAUGCGGCCUGCUGUCCCCAACCGGUUCUCGUUACUAGCUGGCAUCAGCAACAGUUGGCCGAAUUGCACACAGCGUUAGUGCUGUCCAUCACGGAUAUUGUUAACAGAUGGUGGACGGACCCUGUGGCUCGAUUUCCUGAGCGUAUGCCCUUAGAAAGCAAGGAAGAAGACCUGCUUCAGUGGAUGGAUGCUCAAGUUCCCCAUCUCCUGCCCUUAUAUAAGGAGUGCCUGGGUUCCUGGAGGCCGGACUUCUUAAUCGAGCUGGACAACCGCCAAGGCGAUCUCCCAACGCUGGAAAACUUUCGCAUCAGCGAAAUCAACGCAAGGUUUUCAUUCAACGGCUUUAUGUUUCUUGCCUACGGACAACAAGCGCUACAGAACAUCGGUAUCUGCGAUGGAAGCAAUGGCGUUAUUGGAGCUGCGGAUCCCACAAAGUUUCUUGAUGGCUUACUGCGGCUCUUCCGCCCGGGAGUUCCCUUGCACAUCCUCAAAGGUGAAGAAGCCGGCAUGGAUAUCCAUAUGUUUGUGGAUUUUAUGCAGCGCUAUAGGGGGCUCACACCUCGUUUUAUCACUCCUUCAGAUUUAAGAUUAUUGCCCGACUCCCAGACAAAGAGUGGCUAUAGGCUUUGCUGCUUGGUGGGCAGCAACACACAUACCGCACCUUCAUAUCCCACCUUGAUAAACAGUGAGGGAGAAGUGCUGGAAGAAAUUUUCCAAGUCGGUCUGGAAUUGCAUCAAAGAGAAAUUCUUGCACUGCAGCCCGAAAUGCUGCGUCAGAUUAGCCUUAGGUGUUUCAACGAUAUGCGCACGGUCUUGCUCGUCCACGAUAAGAGGAUGCUCGGGAUUGUAAAACAGGAACUUGACUCCUUGGUAGCAAGGGGAAUUCUAAACCAGAGGCAGGCGCAUAGUCUGGAUAAAGGCAUUCCAGAGACGAUUCUUCCCGCGUCAUUGGAGCUUAGACAAUUGCUUCAACAAUGCAGAGACUUCCCAGACCUGAAAGAUGAGUACAUUCUUAAGCCGAUCCGGAGCGGCAAGGGCGAUGGAAUUGUCUUCGGCUGCGAUGUGGGCCCUACUGAAUGGAUAUCACGCCUCGAGAGUUUGAGCUGCAUCCAGCCGAUUGCAAAAUGCAGCUCUUGCAUUAUCCAACGGAAGAUUGAUCAUCAUUUAUACGAUGUGAUGUUGAGGGAACCCGGGAUCAAGAACAAGUACCCCCUCAUUGGAACAUAUCACUCGAUCCACGGCCAAUACCUCGGCCUCGGGGUAUGGCGUAGUAGUCCGGAUCGGUACGCUGAGCUGUUUGACCAGAUGAUCAUCGAUUUACGCCUUUUUGGCUGUGGCGUAGUGGUAAAGCUCAGCGCCACCACAUAA